UCUUAAGCUGAAGAGCACAUCGGAUGAAGACGCUGAAGCUCAAAUUGAAAAAAGUAUCUUAAACACAUAUUUGUCAUUUUUUUGGGCGAUCAAUAUGAAGCACUUUAUUCCGUCUUUAAUAUGGGCAAUAACAUUGCCUGUCAACAUGGCCAUCCACGGAUUAUACGAUUUCGGUCAGCCCGAAUUAUUCUACAAAAAGAGUAAUUGCAAACCCAUCCCGGCGAGUCUUGUCCUGUGCCACGAUAUCGAAUACAACAAUAUGCGUCUCCCGAAUCUCCUUGGGCAUGAGACCAUAAACGAGGUUCUACAGCAAGCCUCGUCGUGGAUUCCGCUGGUCCAGAAGCAGUGUCACCCAGACACGAGGAAGUUUCUUUGCUCACUAUUUGCUCCGGUGUGUUUGGACGAGUUGGACGAACCUAUCCAGCCCUGCCGGUCGUUGUGCGAGCGCGUCAAAGACGGUUGCGCGCCGGUGAUGUCCGCGUUCGGGUUCCCAUGGCCAGAUAUGCUAGACUGCGAGCGCUUCCCAGCCGAUAAUGACCUCUGUAUUCCUCCGGUGGGCAUAGAUCAUGUGGUGCCAGUCACCAAAGAAGUGCCCAGAGUGUGUGAUGCCUGCAAGGACAAGGAAGAAAAUGACAAUGAAAUCGUUGACCUGUGCAAAAACGACUUUGCCUUAAAAAUCAAGGUAAAGGAGAUCUCAUACAUGAAUGGUGACACCAAGAUUGUGCCUGAGACCAAGAGCAAGACCAUCUACAAGCUCAAUGGCAUGACAGAACGUGACCUGCGCAAAACGGUGCUUUGGCUCAAGGACGGCCUGCAGUGUGUGUGCGAAGAGAUGAACGACAUCAACGCUGCAUACCUGGUCAUGGGCCAGAAGAUGGAUGGGCACCUGGUCAUUACCUCGCUGAUGCGCUGGCAGCGGGGCCAGCGUGAGUUUAAGAGGUUCUCACGCAGCAUCCGUAAGCUGCAGUGCUGAGCAAAGACCCCAAACAAGAGGAGUGGAGGGCCAAUCUGGUCUGAUCCGGAUCCAACUACUUUUCAUUUUUAGUAGGCUAGUCUGUAAAAUGUUUUAAGUACCACCACAUUCAAAACUGCCAUAGGCCACCUUUCCACAGUUUCAUGGUUUAUUAUGUUUUAUUUUAAUCCAGCCAGGUUUACUCAAUCCGGCUAGGUAGGGUGGAGGCGCGACUAGUGGGUGAACUGAAGCUCUGGUGUUCUGGUAAGCAACCAAAGAAAUGUCCAUAUUUCUACAGUGCAGGGCAAUUCUUCCGAUGCUUUACAAAUUAACCCUUUUUUAAAAGAAACAUCAUUUAAUAUGUAGGAGCUCAAGUCCAAUCCGAACAAUUAAUAGCUCAACUACAUUUUAUUGGUUUGAUUUAACCUAGCUACUCAUAAUCCAUCAAUAGUCCUUAUUAAGGCAUAAAAGUUCAAAAGCAAAUAACAAUAUUAUCAAGGAUAUGCAGGAGUGUUCAUUUUAAGCCGACUAAGCAGAACUACUUCAAAUGUUGUCUGCAUAUUCAGUGUUUCAGAAAGACUAAAAUAUAUUAAUUACUGGUCACCAUUUUUUCAUAAGGCAACACAAUUAAAAUGUUCAGGCUAAACAUAUUCAGUUUCAAUGACAAAGCUGGAUACAUGUAGUUCAUAUCAUUUGGUAGGAGGAUAUUGUACAGCAUCUGGGUGUGUGAUUAUGAUAUUGUUCAGAAUAAUAUUUAGAGGUAAUGGGGUGACUAGUAGCUUGUAUUAUGAUAUAUAAUGUAUGUGCUUUUUUUUAACAUAUUUUCCUCAAGCAAUGAGAGAUAGCUGGCUAUAUUCUCUGCCUUUUUGAUUCAACUUCUAAUGUUCUCCCCUGGCAAUUUUAGCAGCCCAAAGGAAGGCCCAUAUAAUUGCAUUUAUGAUUUCCAAUGAUUUGAUCCUAAAAUGCAUGAAUCAGUUUGUAUGAUUGUUGUGCCAUCAAUAGAUUGUCACCUUUUUGUACUUGAGCCUCAAUACUGCACUGUUGUUUUUUGUACUACAAUUAUGUAAUAUUUUUCUAGUUCAAACAUUUUUAAGUCAAUUCCUUUGUCAUUCAUGAUCAAAUUCUGAAGUACCAUCUAUCAUGCCAAUUCUAUAGUUCCUGCCUUUUUAUGACAUUUUUCUUCUCUCACUAUGACAGCAUGUCUUAGGUAUAUUAACUAAGUAUAUCAGGAUUGUAUAUUAGAGUGGUUGAUUGUGUUUUUUCAGUCGGUGAAUGAAAAAAAAUGCAGCUGUAGUGUGUUUGUGUGUAGGUGUGUUUGUGUAUGGGUGUGUAAAAUGUUACUUGAUAUUGUACUCUGUAAAUGUCAGAUAAACUUUUUAUUCUUGUAUAUAGUUUUGGAAGACAGCUGUUGUCAAUCAGAUGGUGAUUAACAUGGCUCUAUAUAAAACAUUUUACUACAACACAAAACAUUUGUAUAAUGUUAAUCGGGAGAGUCUCAUUCAUAUCAGUGAUGUGUUAUUGCAUCUUGUGAUCCUUAU